AUGUCCUUAUUUUUUCGGGUAUCUAUCUAUCUAUCUAUCUAUCUAUCUAAAAUCGUCGCUCGCGUGCCACGGAGCCAAGAAUAUCGAAAAGAACGAAUGGCGGACAGACAACCGAACUUGUACUUGCUUGAGAUAAGUGCGCAUGCGCAAAUUUACCAGUACCAGGGAAAACCCCGUGUUUUCUCUUGCUACUUGGCGCAUUUGACAGCGAACACACAGACACAUUCGUUUGGAGGACACCUUUCGCUUAAGACAAGUUUCGUCUUUUUCUAUUUCUUUGUUUACUCUGCAAAUGUUUCUGUCCUUCCCAUUUUCUGCUUCUUCUCUCUUUCUUGUCUUCUCAUUCUCAUCUUCGCUCUAUCGCUAUCUAUUUUAAUAUGUUUCUGUCUAUCUCUCUAUCAACUAACUUUUGUUCUUGUCUUUUUUUUCCAGUCUGUGUUGUCAUUUUCCCUCUAUUCCGGGAGAUCUAGCAAGUCCGAAGUUGUUGAAAAAGUGGCCGUCGGCCCCGUCAGGCCACUUGACGAGUUGGCCUCUCAAACAAGGGAGCCAAUUGAAACCGAUAAGAUCACUCGUGUCGCUUCUUUCCAGCCGGCUGUGAAACGAAAUCACUUUGUCCUUCAAUACCCAUCCUCCGAAAUAACCAGUUGUGAGAAUCGGGGAAGCGUGGAGAAGGAAUAG